AUGAAAAAUCUCACCAUCAUUACUGAGUUUGUCCUCAUAGGAUUUUCCAGAAAUCCCCAGAUCCAGACCACACUUUUUACAUUGUUUCUGGUGAUUUACCUCUUGACUCUGAUGGGGAACCUGAUGAUGAUCCUGGUGAUCCGCACUGAUUCUCACCUUAAAACACCCAUGUACUUCUUCCUAAGUCACCUGUCAUUUCUGGAUCUCUCCUUUUCUUCAGUAACCAUGCCCAAGAUGCUGGAGAACUUAUUAACUCAAAAGAAAACCAUCUCUAUGUGGGGCUGCAUGACCCAGAGUUUCUUUCUCCUACUCUCUGGGGGCACAGAGGCCUGCCUACUCUCUGCCAUGGCCUAUGACCGCUAUGCUGCCAUCUGCCACCCUCUGCUCUAUGGCAUGGUUGUGAACAGGCCUCUCUGUGUCGGGAUGGUGAUUGCAGCGUGGGGAGUGGGGUUCGUAAACUCACUGACAAACAACCUUUUCACUUACAACCUACAUUUCUGUGGCCCCAGUGUCAUCCUUCACUUCUGCUGUGAGCUGCCUUCACUCUUCCCUCUGUCCUGCACUGAUCCUACCACCAGCGCGGCCCUUCUUGCUGUGUCAUGUGCAUUGUUAGGAUUUGUAACACUUUCCCUGAUCCUCUUCUCUUAUUCUAGAAUCAUCUCUGCUAUUGUAAGCAUCCGUUCUCCUGGGGCUCAAGGCAAAGCCUUCUCUACAUGUUCUUCCCACCUCACUGUGGUGCUUUUGUUCUAUGGGACGGCCUUAUUCAGGUACAUGAUCCCUCUCUCGGGCUCCAUGUGGGAGCGCGUGCUCUCCAUUCAGUACAGUGUGAUCACAUCCUUGCUGAACCCCCUCAUCUACAGCCUCAAGAACCAGGAGGUGAAGGCAGCCCUGCAUAGACUGUUGAAGCAAUAA